AUGCAACAAUUCCAGAGAAGACGUCGAGAUGAAGAGGACCUUCAGGAGCAGUCAUCCCAAGAGGACCCUCUCUUGGGACCCCCUCUUCGCCGGACGCCUCCUGUCUCCAGCAAGUUCGAGAGAUGGCGUCGCGUUCUACAGGACCUUCAGGAGGAGUCCUUCGAUGAGGACCACUUAUCUGCGCUUCACCUAUCUCCAGAAGAAGGUAUAGACAGCAUUUUUUGGUUUUUUGCUGUCCGCUCUUUUAAAUAA